AUGGCUGAUAUUAGGAAUUGGACUAAUGAAGCUUGGUGUAUUAUGGGUGUUUUAAAUGCAGUUAGGUCGAAAAAUGAAAGAAAUCGAGAAAGGAGGGAUCCAAGAAACCGAAGAUUGUUGAAUGACUUUAUCGCGGAGAUGGAGCUGGUGAAUUAUCCUUUGAAUGGUGGAGAUUAUACUUGGAAUGACAAACAAGAUAAUCCCUUACUUUGCAGGUUAGACAGAACAUUAGUGUGUACCAGUUUUGACACUGCUUAUAGAAGUGCAAUUCAAACUGCUCUUGUGAGGGCUAUUUCAGAUCAUAGUCCAAUAAUGCUGGAUUUAAACCCUGAGAUUAAAACCAAUUCCUAUUUCAAGGUGGAGCAUCACUGGUUCCAGCAUAAAGACUUCUUGAAACGAGUGGAGGAGUGGUGGUCUGCAAUGACUUUUUCAGGUACUCCAAGUUUUGUAUUUUUUAGAAAGUUACAAAACUUGAAACUCUUUUCGAAAGGUUGGAGCAGGGAGAUAAAGGGUUUCACUGAUGGAAAUAAAAACACUCGUUAUUUUCAUAGCAUAGCUAACGCUGAGAGGAAGAUGAGCUGUAUUACAAAGAUAGAAGUGAAUGGAGUGGAUAUCUUCAAUCAAGAGGUAAUCAAGAACAAAAUUCAUCAAUAUUACACUCACCUAUUUACUGCUUCUUCUUCUUCUUCUUCUUCUUCUUUCAGUCCUUCUUUUGAGAAUAUGGAGUUUAGAAAGAUUGAUAAUGAUGAGGCUGCCUGGUUGGAGAAUCAUUUUACUGAGGAGGAGGUACACAAGGCGAUCAAAAUGUGUGGUGCCAAUAAAGCACCGUGGUCGGAUGGUUUUACUAUGGACUUCUACAGAAUUGGUUGGGACAUAAUCAAACAUAACCUGAUGUUAGCUCUGAAUGAAUUUUACACUAAAGCUGAAAGAAUGAAGAUUGUUAUGCCAAAACUUGUGUCUAAUGCAAAAGGGGCCUUUAUUAAGGAUAAACAAAUUCUUGAUGGUAUUCUUAUUGCUAAUGAAUGCAUUGAUAGUAGACUCAAGCAACGUCUUCCAGAUAUGGUUUUGGUGAGAGGUGGAUUAAAUGGAUUUAUUGGUGUCACUGGUGCUCAAUUCUCGGUUCUUGUGAAUGGAAAUGCUACAAAUAUGAUCAAGCCAACUAAAGGGAUUAGACAAGGUGACCCAUUGUCACCUUUCUUAUUCUUGUUGGUUGUGGAGGUUCUUUCUUUGCUUAUUAAUAAUGUUGUGGCCUAUCAGAAGAUUAAUGAUUUCACUGUAAAGGAAGGGGGGGGACAGUGGUGUCUCACCUUGUUAACUGGGUUGAAGCUUAUUUUGUAUAAGAGUGCUAUGACUAGUAUUGGUGUUGAUGAGGUUAUAAAUGAGUUAAUUCGGAGCUGGGAUUUACCUGUUUCAGUUGAGAAGAAGAUUAACACGAUCAUGAGGACGUUUCUCUGGGGAGAAGAUGAUGAGAAUAAAAAGAUGAGCUGGGUAGGUUGGGACAAGGUUUCUAAACCAAAAAAUAAAGGUGGACUAGGCAUCAGAAAUUUGAGAUGUGUUAACAGAUAUUUGUUAGCUAAAUGGCACUGGAGAUAUGCCAACGAAAAGGAAGCUUGGUGGAGGAAGUUAAUGUGUGAAAAGACCAAUCAAAUGAUGUUUUUCUUCUUCCUGUGGAGACUAAGGGUACUGUUGGUAGAAGUAUGUGGCAUGGUAUUAAAAAAAUCUAAAACUAAAUUUUAUAGUUAUGCUGAUAUUCAACUCAAAAAUGGUGCAGGAUGUAGAUUCUGGCACGAUUGGUGGUUGGAAAAGAAGGCGUUAAGUGAAAAAUAUCCUAGACUUUACAAAUUGAGUCUAAAUAAGAAUGGUUUUGUUUCAAAGUUUAUUGGGAUUAAUUGGUCUCUUUCUUUUAAAAGGACGUUGGAUGCUGCUGAAAGAAUUGAUUUGCUUGAAAUUAAGUAUGAUAUGAGGAAUAUUACGUUGAGAGGUGAUGCUGAGGAUGAUGUAGUUGGUGAUUUCUGA